AUGGCGUCGGUCAGAAGCCUCGAUCAAGACAUGCGCAAACUGCGCCUUGAACGAUAUACCCCCGGCGCAGCAAACGAGGUGAGAAACUGGAUUGAAAGCACUUUGGGCGAGAGAUUGGCUCCAGGUGACUUGAUGGACGCCCUGCGGGAUGGAGUUGCUCUUUGCAAACUUGUCAAUCUAGCCGUGUCCCCAGGCAUCAAGUAUAAACAGUCGAACAUGCCCUUCGUGCAGAUGGAGAACAUCUCCCACUUCCUCCGUGCUUGCGAGGUUGCGCCAUUGAGUCUUCCCUCUCAUGACCGAUUCCUUACUGUCGACCUCUACGAUGCUAAAGACCCCGCACAAGUCUUACAAUGCAUCGCCGCCUUCAGCCGCAGAGCGAACCAACUGAAUCCUUCCGCCUUUCCUACAACCCUGGGAGCAAAGAGCAAAAGUGCCAUGAGCCCACAAGGAACGGGCUCAAGUGGGCCAAGAUCACCAGCUUACACCACCACCACAAGUUCGCGGCCACGGGGUGCGAGCAACGCAGCUACUGACAGUCCGUCUCUCACCUUCAAUCCUCUCAACAAGUCCGCGUAUUCUGGGCGUGUUAGCCCCACAAAGAACAUCCUCAGUCGAGGAGGGCUGGCUUCUGGCGGUUCCGUCAGCAGUUGGAGCAACAAGGCUGACGAGACCAAGACCGCACCCGCGUGGAAUAUCCAUCAGUAUGGGUACAUGGGAGGGGCAAGUCAAGGUAAUCAAGGCGUUGCUUUCGGCGCUCGGAGACAGAUUACCUCCCCAGCACCCAGCGUCCCCAGCAUUGCAGAGAAAGAGAAGCGUCUUCAAGAAGAAGUGGAGAGAAAGCGACAAGAAGCAGAGGAACUUGAACAGCAGCAGCGGGCUCAACAAGCUGCAGAAGAAGAACAAGCACGUCUGGAAGAAGAACGUAGAUGGGCCCAGGAAACGCAGCGGUUGAAAGAGCAAGAAGCCGCUGCGCAGCGAGACCUUGAGCGAGAACGUCUACAAGAGGAAGAGCGCGUUCGCCGUGAAGAACAGCGUCGCAAAGAGUUGGCCUAUGAACGUGACCGGGAGCGAGAAGCGCAGGAUCAAGCAGAUCGAGAGGCCCGUAUGGCGCAGGAACGAGGUCGUCAACGCACCGUCAGUGAUGCUCGUCUCAACGGACAAUUUCUCAGUCAGUACCAAGCCGACCAGGCUAGAAGUCAUGUCGCUUCCCCACCUCUACCAAACCCUGCUGCCGAGCAGGACUCGGCUGAAAGUCGACGCAUUGCGGAAUUAGAGCGUCAAUUGGAGGAGAUGAGGGCGCAGCAGAGACAAACCCAAUCUGCCAGACCAGUGCCUGAACCUGAACCUCCGGCACCUGCACCACCAAGCAGACCCCAAGUUAGCCAAGCAAGCCACGAGGACGACUGGGCUGCAUCAGAGCGUCAAUACCUGCAGCAAGAAUGGCAGAAAGCACAGGACGGCCAACCUCCUCCCAAACCACCCAGGCCUGAAUCCACACCAUCAGCAGCUUCUCGUCCGCUACCUGACCCAGCGACCUAUCAGCCAGGCACCAGCCGCACAGACCGAUACCUUGCCUCGAACGCCGCUCCUGCUCAACCGAAUGUUGCGUCUCACCGCCCUCAAGACUUUUCCACCACAACCGAAGUGGACCUUGAAAACCAACGCCGUGUCCAAUCCCAACAGCGCACCAAAGCUGGGGGCUGGGCCUCGAAGUCCCUCCUCGAGCGAGAGAUGGAACGCGAGCGAGAACGGCAGAGAGAGUGGGAAGAAGCACAGAAAGAUACCGCAUCGAGAGCCAGGGAUAUACAAGAAGGGAGCGGCCCUGGUCAGACAUGGGAUGUCCACCAAUAUGGGUAUUUGGGUGGGGAUAGCCAGAAUCGUGGAGGUCCAGGGCUAGGAGUGGGGGGCGCCAGAAGGCAGAUUAUCGGCCCAAGGCCGCCCCCUUAG